AUGAGAAAGUUUUUGACGGAGCUAUCCGUUAGUGUGAAGACAUUUAACUCGAUGAAGGAGCUUUACAGUCAGAAACUGAGUCGAGUUGUGUCUUUGCAACGGACGGUUAGACGGGAAAUUCUUAACUUGGACGGUCAUAUAACUGACCCCACCAUGUGUAAAUUAGAAAGAGGUUAUGCGGCUGUGAUGCAGGAUUUGUCGGAGUGUGCGAUGAACAUGGAGAGAUGGGUGGAGCGAUGUAUCGGUCGAACGAUAUCUUCCGAGAAGAUUAAGCAGGCUUUUACCAGUGAAAUAGAUAGACUAUCGCUAUCUUCGUCGGGUUACCAAAACGCGAGUUUAGAGGUUCAACUUGGAGAGCUAGAGAAUUCGUUCCAGAAGCUUUUAGAGGAAGUAUCCUCGGCUAAGAGCGGAGAUGGGGCGAAGGAUGCGCAAUCUGUGACAUUAAUGGAGGUUCGAGCGGAAUACGAAGACAAACUCAACCGGAUGAAGGCUAAAAUGAAACAACUGUAUCAAGAGCAAAUUUCCAUAUUCAAAGAGAGACAAAAAGAAGAGAUAUCGGCAUUGGAGAAAGAGUUGGAAGAGACUCGUAAUAAGCUCGAGGAGUCGAGUAGGACUUACCAGGAACAUAUAAGGUCGUUGACCACCGAGCUGUGGAAUGUCGGAGAGAAGUUCUUGAUGAAAAAGGAUGAGGCGGAGUGGCUGAGGAAGACUCAGCGGUCUGGCUCUCUUAUGUCCCUUCAACACGUGCAUUCGUCUGGUCUCGUAGCUCACCAAGAGGAGCCAUCCAGACCUUCAGAUUGUCAUUCAUUGCGCUCUCUGCCCGUCACCAACAACACUAAAGAAACCCGUGGCGUCCACACGUUAGACGAAGAAGGUGAGGUUUUUGACAACAGAUGGUUGAAUGAGUUGCAAUCUACGCCCUUGAAGGAGAAAGCCCCAAAUAAUGGGCAACGAUUGUCCGAAUUGAAGUGGAGGAACUCACUUUGUCCGCCGCAUCUCAAGAGUUCUUAUCCGGCUGAAACUCAGUUCGUGCACGCUUUACAAGAGGAGGAUAUUAAAAUGGGCUCAAUGUCCCUGGGUGGUAGAGGGGUGCGCAAAGAAGUGGGUAUUACGGCGUAUAAGAAGCCUGGACCACCAACGCCCAGCAAACAGGCCGGAAGACUAUCAGCCACUGACUCUGAACUGCGAGAGUCUCUCCGUGUGGAAGCCGAGCCCAACGCCUCCCGCAAGACUAGUACUCCGUCGCGUCUUCGCUCGUUAUUCCGUCCCAACAAGAACGAUAACACCGAAUCCACACCGCGGUCCAGACGCCUGAGCAACAUUUUUAGAAAAAAAUAA